AUGACUCUCCGAAAAGCACCAAUGGCCUGCAGCAGAGGCGUGGUGACGAGUGCCUUCUACUGGUCUGUAGCCAUCAUCUGUUUGACUCAAAUGGGCGGAGUUAAACCGGACUGCUGGUUAAUCGAGGGCGAAAAGGGCUUUGUGUGGCUAGCGAUUUGUAGCCAGAACCAACCACCUUUCGAGGCCAUCCCCCAGCACAUCAACAGCACCAUUGUGGACCUUCGUUUGAAUGAAAACAAAAUCAAAAGCAUACACUACUCCUCGCUCAGCCGCUUUGCCAACUUGACCUACCUGAACUUGACCAAGAACGACAUCUCCUAUAUCGAAGAUGGAGCUUUUUCCGCUCAGUUCAACCUCCAAGUCCUGCAAAUGGGAUUCAACAAGAUGCGUAACCUGACAGAAGGAGUCCUCCGUGGACUUGGGAAGCUACAGUACCUCUACCUCCAGGCCAAUCUGAUCGAGACUGUGACACCCAAUGCCUUCUGGGAAUGCCCCAACAUCGAGAACAUAGAUUUGUCCAUGAACAGGAUCCAGCAGUUAGAUGGUUCUACAUUUGCUAGUCUGACUAAGCUAACUACGUGUGAGCUGUACACCAAUCCUUUUAACUGUUCCUGUGAGUUAUACGGUUUCGUCAAGUGGCUGUCGACGUUCCCAAAUAGGACCAAUGAGCGGAUGGUGUGUGAUACUCCAUCUGGUGUGUCUGGCUACAGUUUAUUGAGCCAAAAUCCCAAUGAUCCAACUUAUAAGAACGCUCUGCACAUGCUAACCACUGUAUGUACUGAUGAUUAUGUCACCCCAUUCAUUGCCAUACCGACGGAGCCCACGAUGCUCCCGCCAGACGCUACACUGUGUGAGCUGGACGACUGUCCAUCUGGCACCGAACCCGAGAACAUAACCAUCAGUACAACAUACACGGAUCUCAAAGUUAAACCUCUUAUGAAGCUGAAACAAGUGACCAACACGGGUGCUACGAUUUCAGUUCAAAUUCCUUACCCCUUUAAGAAAAUGUACAUCCUGGUCCUUUACAACAAUAGCUUUUUCACAGAUAUUCAAAAUUUAAAAGAUAUACAAGAGGACAUUGAGUUUAAAAAUCUUAAACCACAUACUAAUUAUACUUACUGUGUUGCUUCAAUCCGUAACUCUCUUCGUCAAAACCACACCUGUCUAACCGUGACCACUGGCCCCUGGGGCGGGAAAGAACGAAAUACCAACAAUGCGACAGCCACGCAUUACAUCAUGACAAUCCUCGGCUGUUUGUUUAGUAUGGUGGUUUUCCUCGGGGUGGUGUACUACUGCUUGAGACGCAAGCGGAAGCAAGAUGAGAAGCACAAAAAAGCAGGUAGCAUGAAGAAAAACAUAAUGGAAUUAAAGUACGGACAAGAGCUGGAGGGAGGGACUAUAUCUCGUAUGUCACAGAAGCAUUUGUUAGCCGGGGAGAGCAUGGCGCGUAUGCCGUACCUGCCGCCAGGGGCAGACUUGGACCAGUAUAAGUUCCAGGAGAUCAGUGACACGCCUAAAAUAAUGAAAGGAAAUUACAUGGAGGUGAGGGGUAUGGACCACCAUGAUCGAAGGGAGUGUGAGAUGGGGAUGCCCGGAAAUAGCCAAGGAUCUGUGGCGGAGAUUUCUACCAUCGCGAAAGAGGGCGUCAAAUCGGGUGCGGUGUCGACAGCAGAGCCCCAGCUGGUGCUUUUGUCUGACCAUCCCCAAAACAAAUCCGGUCUCUUGUCCCCGCCGUAUAAGGACAGCUACCACCAUUCCCUUCAACGGCAUCGCAGUUCAGAUGCUUCUCCCAAGAGACCAAGCACUGCUACCGGAGGCCCCAUGCGCAGUCCAAGGCCAUACCGCUCCGAAUCCAAGUACAUCGAGAAGACCUCCCCGACCGGAGACACCAUCGUCACGGUAACGCCAACCGCUGCCAUCUUGCGCGCCGAAGCGGAGAAAAUGCGGCAAUACAGCGAUCACAGGCAUUCGUACACCGACGCUCAGAUAGAGGAGCUGGAAGGGCCAGAUGUGCACAAGUCCAUGUUGGAGCCGCUAACUCACUCGCGGUCCAGAGACUUAGCGUACUCCCAGUUGUCAUCACAGUAUCAUAAUCUGAGCUACUCUUCCAGCCCAGAGUACUACUGCAAACCCUCGCACAGUAUUUGGGAGAAGUUUAAGCUGCACCGAAAGAGGCACAAAGAUGAGGAGUACAUGGCAGCAGGACAUGCACUCAGGAAGAAAGUGCAGUUUGCAAAAGAUGAGGAUCUGCAUGAUAUUUUAGACUACUGGAAAGGCGUGUCAGCGCAGAAUAAAUAAUGAACUCUUUAGCUGUUUUUAAUGGACAUCCUG